AUGUUUAUCAGCAGCCCUCUGUCUCUCGCAGCUCUCCUCUCCGGUUCAUAUAUUGCUCAUGCCUCUAUCAUAAAUCAGUUUGAUCCGCUGAAGCAUCUAUCUGGAGUUAGUCCACCAUUUGACCACGAAGAAGCCAGCUCUCCUCUAGACCCUGUUCCACCUCUAGGCUGCAAUGUCACUCGUGCAGCAUACCUGGUACGCCAUGCUGCGAUUCAUUCGAAUAGUUAUGACUACGUAGCCUUUAUCGAACCAUUCCUCGAAAAACUUAGCCGCACGACCGUCAGAUGGGCCGAAAUCCCUAGCUUAUCCUUUCUAGCUACCUGGAGAAACCCAAUUCUAAAGGGAGAGAAGGAAAAAUUAAGUCGAUCCGGUCAGCUACAAGCCAUGACAUUUGGUGUUGAAGUUGGACAUAGAUACUUUAAUUUGAGGACACCCCAGAAAAUAUGGGCAGCAUCUUCGGAUCGAACGAUGAAAAGCGCUCAAUUCUUCGCAAAAGGAAUUGCUCUAGACGCAUCAAAGAUAGCUAUUGAGCGAGUGUAUGAGGGCAAGAAAGAUGGUGCAAACUCACUGAAUCCAUAUGAUAGCUGUCCAGCCUUCAGUCGAGUAACUGGCAGCGAUGAAGCUUCAGUGUUUCGCGAGAUCUACACAAAACCGGUUAUGCAACGCUUCAACUCUCUGGCACCUUCUUUUAAUUUCACUUCUACGGACAUUUAUGCCUUUUCGCUGAUUUGCGGCUACGAAACAGUCUUGCGAGGUUCCUCUCCAUUUUGUGGAUUGUCGGUAUUGAGCUCAAAUGAAUGGCUCGGCUUUGAGUAUGCGAAUGAUAUCAAAUAUUUUUAUAACAGUGGGUAUGGCUUACCCUCAGCUGGUGCUACUGGAUUUCCAUGGGUAAAUGCAAGCUUUAAUGCGCUCAUGUCAAAUCAUGAUACGAACAGUAACGAGGUUAAAGAUCAAGAUCUGUUCGUAUCUUUUACACAUCGUGGUAUGCCUCCAAUGGCACUAGUUGCCAUGGGUCUCUUUAAUAACUCAGCAUACUCGGGAGCAAAUAAUAUAAACGAUACCAUGCCUCUCGAUACUAUUAACUACCAACGAGUCUGGAAAUCAAGUCAGAUUAUUCCGUUUAUGACUGACAUUGGUAUUGAAAAACUAGAAUGUGAUAGUUUCGGCUUUGACGAAGGGAUCUACUAUCGCGUCUUAGUAAAUGAUAGACCACAGAGUCUGAUUGGAUGUCACGAUGGACCGGCAGACAGCUGUAAAGAGGAAUCCAUUCGCAAAUGGCUAAAUGAACGGGCCAAAGUCGUCGGUGAUUUUGAUACUAUGUGCCGAGUAGAUUACGCUAAUAGCACGAACAUAUUGAGCAUUUACGAUUCCUAA